AUGAGAUCACCGUCAAUCUUUUGGCCAAUUCUGUUAUGGUAUCAGAGCGUAGAGCGUAAUCUCGACCCUCACAACCCUAGCAACCGACAUCCUCUACUAUCCUUCUUCUUUCAAUCGAUCGGCAACCCUCUUCACUCCUCUACUUCUUUAAUCGUCACAAUAUCAAGUUCACACCUCCAUGGCAUCUCUUCAUCCUGCACUCACAGUGACCAACAUCAAGAACUUCAUCCCCAUUGUCUUGGAGAUGGAAAACGGACACUACACCUCGUCUAUACUGCACGAUCCAAAUUAAUUUUGGAGGAAACAAGAAAAGCCAACCAGCACUCGGCAGCCAUUGCUCUUACCGCCGACAGCACUAGUGCCACUCCACCACCGGUCACCACCACUGUUCAUGUCCAAGUACAAUCAUCACAAAGUCGUGAAUGGGUAGAUUCUUAUCAACAAAAUCGGACAGGGAACCAUGGCUAUUCUGAUCACUAUGGCCGCGGACGCAACGCUAGCAGAGGUGGUCGAGGGCGUGGUUGCGGACGCAAUUUCUCUAGCUACAAUUAUGGGUACAACAAACUUCAUCCACAGCCCUGA